GACGCCGAUACUGAGCCCACCAUGGCCACCGACGUGAGGGAUGUGGACCAGAAGCAGAAGCUUGACGAGAACCUCCUAGCCGGUAAGUUCAUUCCGUAUCGAGUCUGACACACAAUAAGAAGCACUAACUUGCUCGCCGAAGCCCUCCCGAAAGGAGGCGAGGUGGUUUCCGUCACGCCCUCCGGUAUGAGCGACUACUGCAACACCUACAGGAUCGAGGUUAGGCUCCCCGACGGCAGCUCCCAGGUGUUCUUUGAAAAGGAAGGAUCAGGAGAGGAGGGUUACGGCUGCGUGCAGUCUGCCUGGAUGUCCGAAAACGCCACCUACGAGUUUAUUCCGGAGCAUGUGCCGCGUCCGGUCGCCACGGGCACGUACAAGUCCCGUCCAGACAAGCACUUUUUCCUCGCCGAGUUCGUUGAGAUGAUUGAGGACGAUAUCCCUCGCGAGGAGUCCUACAUGAAGGCCCUUGCCGCCCUGCACAGUCGCAGCAUGGGCAAAUCGCCGACUGGCAAGUUCGGUUUCCCUGUCAAUACGCGUUUUGGCAACAUCGAGCAGGACAACACCUGGUCGGAAAGCUGGGAAGAGUUCUGGACGAGACAGAUGAGGGAUUUCCUUGACAAGGAGGACGCUGCCCACAACGGGGAGCCGCACGAGGAGCUCGAGAGGCUGCGCCCGCUGUUUUUUGAGAAGGUGUUGCCUCGGUACUUGCGUCCACUGGAGAGCGACGGCCGCUCGGUCACGCCGUGCUUGAUCCACGCAGAUCUUUGGCCCGGCAAUGUCAAGUACCAGAGCGACGGCGAGACCGUGUGCGUGUAUGACGCCUGUGCCAUGUGGGCUCAUAAUGAGGGUGCGUGCGGCCGUUGACCUCGAUUGAUCUCUUAGCCAGCUGACCCGAUCGAGCAGUCGAUCUCGGUGUCAUUCGAAACCCGAGGUACCCCCUCGGCAAGCCGUACCUAAAGGAGUACUGGAAGCAUGUUCCGAUUUCUGAGCCGGAGGAAGACGUCGAUAGCCGGAACACCCUCUACAUGCUCCGGUGCCAAAUCUUGUUGUCGACCCUUUACCCGCAUGAUCCCAAGUUGCGGGAGAUGUAAGUGCCCUUUUUCAGAGUUCAAGUGUUGUUAAGAGACUAAC